AUGGCCAUGGCGAUCGAAGAUAAUAGUAUGCCGGAAGAUGUGUUGAUGCUUAUUCUGUCUCGUUUCCCCGUGAAGACCCUCCUCCGAUUCAAGUCCGUCUCCAAACACUGGUACUCUCUCAUCCAAAACCCCAUCUUCAUCUCCCUCCACAAUAAUAGUAAUCGAUCCCGGAAAAACGAAUCCCUCCUCGUCAAACGAUUCCUGGAAAAGGAUUCCGUACCUACCCUGUCCUUGGUCUCCGACGAAACCCACUUCCACGAUUUGUGCAUACCUUUCGCCAGUCCACAGGUUAGACAUCUCCACCUCUUGGGCUCUUCCAACGGCAUCGUUUGUCUCGGCGAUUCCUCAUCCACGGAAUAUGUGUUGUGGAACCCCGCAAUGAGAGAAUUUAGGGCACUCCCCCAACCUCCUUAUCAUACAUGGCGCACUACCAAUCUGGGGUUUGCUUUUGAUCCAAAAACCGAUGACUAUAAAGUGCUUAGAGUUGCCACUUUGUCUGAAUGCAUGAAUAGCUUUUAUCAAAGAGUUCAAAUCUACAAUAUGAGUACGGACUCGCGGAGAGAAAUCAUCUUUAUGUUGUCCUAUGGCUCUUGGCCUCGUCGUUCGACAUGGUUGGAUGGGGUGUUUUAUUGGGUGGCUGUUGAUGCUAAUGGUGGUUGGAAAAUUAUUGGUUUCCACAUGUUCGACGGAUUGCUCGAACAAGUAUUUUUACACGAGGAUAUUCGCGUCAACUGGAUGUCUAGGCUUUGCGUUCUGAGGGACUCCCUUGCCCUUGUUACUUCAGGGUUUGACGGUUUGAUUAGAGAGUCGUGCCUUGACAUAUGGGUAAGGGAUGGAAAGGGAGUUAAGGAUCCUUGGAAUAAAAAAUACAGGAUUAGACACAUUUUAAGACGUUAUGAUGCAUUGGGAUUUCAGCAAAAUGGCGAGCUUCUUCUUUUGAGGGCAAAAGAUUGCCAGAUGGUGUCAUACAACCUAGGUACCUGUUUGUACCACAAUUAA